CAGAAAAUAAAACAGGCUGCAUUGGAUUAGCAGACAAUAGUCUUGUUUACCCUAGUGCAGAUACAAGAUGUUGUUGGAUUUGAAGAACAAAGUUGUUAUAAUAACCGGAGCGAGCUCCGGCAUCGGGGCCGCCGCGGCGAAGUUGUUCAGCGGCGAGGGAGCUCGCGUCGUGAUGGUCGGACGCAACGAGAAGAAGCUCUCUGCCGUGGCCGCGCGCUGCGCCUCGCCGCUCGUGAUCCUCGCGGACGUCUCUAAGGACGAUGAUGCGAGACGAAUUAUUAGCGAAACCGUCAAGAAGUUUGGACAAAUCGACGUCUUGGUUAAUAACGCUGGGCUAUCGGUAGACAACGGUGGACUACUUGGCAAUGACAUGAUGCAAGCUUAUGACGCAGUCAUGAGAGUCAACCUCCGUGCUGUCGUUUUUUUAACGACCUUAGCUGCACCACACCUAAUUAUGACUAAGGGUAACAUUGUAAACAUAUCAAGUAUUGCCGGAAAGAUGGCAAUAAGCUCGCCAGAUAUGAUUAAUUACUAUGUAUCAAAGGCAGCGUUGGAUCAUUUCACUGUUUGUUCCGCUGCGGAACUGGGUCCGCACGGUGUAAGAGUGAACGGAGUGAACCCUGGGCCGGUUAGGACCGAUUUCCUCGACAAUGCUAAAAUGUCUAUCACUUGGGACGACGUACUUCCGAAGACUCUCCUCAACAGAGUGUCGGAAGCUGAAGAAAUAGCAGACCUCAUUAUGUUCCUCGCGAGCGACAGGGCGAAGGGUAUCACCGGAGCUCAUUAUGUGACCGACAACGGUAUGCUCGUCAAACGGUUUUAAUAAGAUUAUUUUGUUUUGAUUUAAUAAAAUGAUUUUUUUUAUCAA